UGUCGUGCAACGUCUCGAAGAAGCCGGCAGUAUGGCGCGCACAAUUCGAGGCAAUGCGCUCGAGAAGCUUGCCCGCCUUUCCGCGCAAUCGCCGACUACGACUUCGCCCAACAAUGACUUCGAAAGAUUAUACAAAAGAUGCUCGAGUACCUCCGAAACCACCACUGGGGCUAGUGGCGUCAAGAUCACAGAGCUGGAAGCAAUUCUGGCUCUGUGCAAAGCCGCACCAUAUGUCGAAUCCAUAGACGUCGCCGCACCGCUCCUCGACCGUCUCGCUACCUAUCUACCGAGCAUAUACGUCCAGGUAUUACUGCCGUCGCCGAGUCUCCGAGAAAUUGAGCCUUCUCCAUACGAAGUCCUCUCCUACAAUCUGACCUCUGCUAUCCUGCAGCUCGGUGCCCGCCAUGACCAGUUGCGAUCAAAUGUCACGAACACACUAGCAAGCUACGUGCAAGGAUGGACAGCUACGGCUGCUGAGCUCUCGGCGGUUCAGUUGGAUGAUGCUGACGAGAGAUUCGAUUUUGCUGCAGACGGAGAGCUUUCGCAGGUCAUCAUACACAGCUUGUCGCUGUUAGGCUUUCUUGAUGCUGCUGCCGAGCACGCAAGGUUUUGGAACGCUUACGAGCGGCUUCAAUUCGUCCAGGAAGUCAAGGCAGCGCUCUCCGAACAAUUCUUCCUUGCUUUCGAAACCGCUCUGUCGAUUGCGCGUAAUGCGCGCUCACAUCAACACCGCUUGAGAGAAUGGAAACGCUACACGAAACACUAUGCAGCUAUUGGACGACCACUGGGUGCUAUGAUCCUGCACGAUUCAUUCCUAAAAGUCGUUGUAACGUCUGCAUCGCUGCUUGUCGAGACGCCGUCACGCAACACUCUCGAGUCCAUACUAGACCACCUGCGAGCAUCAUACAACAAGAAUCGUGCAGCUGGGGACAAAUCCGAGGAUGCCCUCGCCGAAGGUUUGACUGGGAUCGCAGUCGACGAGAUGAACGGCCUGGAAAACGAUGUGGAUUACCUGCAAAGAGUAGGGUCUGCGUGGCAGCAGCGACAGGCUUCUUCGGUCAAGGCCAAGAUCAUCACGACCUAUCUAUGUUGUACCGUGUACGAUGAAGAUAUCGCCGACGACGAUGUCUUGCUGACCUGGCUCGACGCUGUGCUUAACGACCCCACACAGAGUGCGGACCACGACCUAGCAUCCACAGCAUUGAAGUCUAUGGCCAUCCUGGCGAAAGUAUCUCCGUCUACUGCAUCGACUUUGGGCCGCUCGCUCCCAAGGCUUAUUGUUCAAGCUAACUUCGAUCACCGAACCUCGUCUGUUGCAGCGGAUUCUCUCGCAGCUGUUCUGAGUCUGCUCCCCCAAGAUGCUGUCAUCACAACCUUGUAUAGCCUUGGGAAUGUUAUCAGCGCCGGACCUACUACUGCUGGUGCCACAUCUGCAUCACCGUCGCUCAAUGGUACUGGCAAUAUAUUGCGCACUCCGGGGAUCUAUGCGCAUCAAUCGAAUGGCAGCACAAUAUCGCUCACCCCAAGUGAUGUCGAGGAACCGCAUCAUGUGCACACAACUAUUGUGGACACUGUAGUGUCUGUGGCGAGCAAGUGUAAAGAUGAAAAGAUUACGGCGUUGGCUUUGUCAAUGCUUGUACAGAAGAUCGGGAGGGCAAGCAAGGUCGUCGACGUCAAGAUCAUCACCGAUGCAGCACUGCUUGGUAUUCACACGCCUCCAGCAGAGUUCAGAUCGCUGCUCAAGCUUUACUCGACGCUGUGUCAUGAUGCACUUGUCAAGGACGACGUUGUCACUCUGGACGCUGUCAUGAAUGCGCGCCUGAACAUCUCGAAAGUGGUAUCUGAGGACGAGGCUUUCGAAGUUUAUCUCACUCAUCUACUAGACACAAUCGUCAGCAAGGGCGAUGCACAAGAGACUUCCCACAAACACUUAAGAGAUACCGAAUUGGCGUCCCAGGAGAUCGCUCAAAUGUUGAAGCCGUUAGCCACGCUUCUCGCCCGCAAUGCUCAACGAGCUGAUUCCAUCGAGCUAGACGAAACGAUUGUCAAUUUACAGCGAGACGCUUGGUUCAACAUUGUUGUUCACGGUUUUGACACCAACUCGGAUCUUGGAAGGCAGUACAUCGAGGAGCUUCGAACACUUGCUCGCUUCAGCAAGCCUCUCAUCGCCGAAGAGCGUCCAAUGCUAUCGGAAAGCGACAUUGAGUUGAACACGGUGUUGCGCCGUGGCAAGUCUCCAGAACAUACGGCUGAGCAAAAGCGACGCCUGGUCAAGCUUCUACCGUCGUGCGAGGCGGACACCAAGCCGCUUACGUAUCCCGAAGCAGUGUUCUUGAAUACAGCAUACCUGGUAGAAGAAUUGCGAGCCAGCACAGGCGACUGCACGAAAGCGCUUGCGUAUUUCUUGGAUCCCAAACUGCGGACCGGCGCGGUCGGCAACUGUAUGUCUGCGAUCACCCUAGUGGCCGUGAGGACAUAUUUGGCCAAGACGCUUUCUGGGCACCACCACACCUUCUCCACACCAUACCUUGCACAGCAGCUCGCACAAAUCUUCGCAGCCUGCUGUCACCGUAUUGCUCGCGUUCAGCAAGCUGCAGCUGCAUGUGCUGAUAUUAUCAUCAGAGAAGUUCCAUCAACUUUGUGUCAAAAGAGUGCUCUCUUUGCUCUCCUUGAGCUCCUUUCGAUUAUGUGGUACAGCUGUCUCGAGGGCGAGACUGAUGAGUACACCUGGGAGUCAACCUUUACCUCGAAGAAGUCAGAUAUUACCGUAGAGCUGUCAGACGACUAUCUGUUCCGCCGAGCGACUCUGGAGACAUUGCACAAGCGCGCUACCUCGUGGGUUAAGGGAGUCAUUGAAGCAGCUCCUCUUGACAUCAAGGGACUUCUCCAGACGUACUUAUCAGAAUUCGAUGAUGAGACAUCGUACGGUCAUGUCUCUCUGGGUCGAUCAUUUGCCCUGGAGAUGGGCUCUGUCAUCCCUGCCAACGAUCAGCGUCUUGGUGCGAUUGAACGUCAGGGCAUCAACAUCAAUACCGCAUCCGACUUCAUCGCGCAGUACACUACGAGGCAAGAGUACAAGUUCCUCGAGGGUAGCAACGACCAACAGGAGGAGUGGCUCAACGGCGGAAACUCCACCGGUCCUGUGCCAACAUACUUGUCUCGCAGCAUCCAAGACGCUACUAAGCUUCUUGUUGACCUCGAACAGCGUACGCUGCAUCACAAGCAUGUCACUAUUGCUGAGAUCCGGGACAUACUUCGACGAGCGGCUGCGCUACUGUGUCGAGUCAAGAGGGACCAGUCACCGGUCGUUCAUCACUUAGUCGGCAUUCCCUUCGCAGUAUUCUCAAAGCAGUCAAUCAAGCUGGGUAUCUCCCUGUGGAUGAGUGUCAUUAAAGAGAACCCUCGUAUGGAGUCUAGUGUUCUGGUCGCAAUCGCCGAGAAUUUUGAGGGCACGGUGCGCAAGCGAAGGGGUCUCUUCAGUCCUUCACUAAGACACCCGGAUCCCUUCUACGGCAAGCAAGAGUUUGCUGCUACUGACAAAGAAGCUUUGGCUAAGCAUCAACAACACAUCUACAAUCUCAUCGCACCGCACUUCCGCCUCGUGCAGUUCCUCUCGAGUCAUUUCAGUGCCUCUCGACUCAGCAAGUCAGACUUUGAGCGUGUGUACGUUCGCUUAAUCCACAUUACGCUCGAUGCCAUGAGUGCAGGAUGCUCUCAACCUUUGGCUAGGGAGGCUUAUUUCCACGUCAUCCUGCUCGCGUUGCGCAUUGUUCGCCAUAGCACGACCCUCUCAUCGACCGCUAAAUGGCGUCUCAUGGACCGUCUCCUGACUGCAGCCCUGGCAUGGUUUGCUCACGCGCCACAAUGGUCAUUCGGGGGCAACCGUUUGCAGAUCAAAGCAGAGACCCAAGUUCUGUCAGAUGUACAGGUUCACCUUGAGGCUCUUGGAAGGAUGGCUACUGUAGCGGAAUCGGCAUCGAGACAAGUCAAGGCUAAACAGGACCUGCUCUCCUUGCUCAUCUCCAGUGAACAAACGCGUCUGAAUGUCUGGCUGUUCCCUCUGGACAACGGAAAGAAGCACCACUUUGGCGGAGGUGCUAGGAACGGACUGCCAGACGCUGCAAUCUUGGCCCACGUCAAGACAGCGUGGGCAGAGAACCCGGCCAUUGCUGUUCAGCUACUCAAGCGCUUCCAGUCGCCGCGCUUGCAAAGCGAGGUCCGCUUCCAGGUGCUCAACUUCCCUCACAAGGUUCUGAACGAACCAGAUGCUCUGGAGGUCAUGCUGAGCAACCAAUUGCCUGGUGACGUCUCCUUCCAGUUGAAGUACCUGUUGUACUGGGCUCCUUUGAACCCCAUUACGGCGGUAACACUGUUCAUGCCCGCUUAUGGCAACCAUCCGUUCAUCAUUCAGUAUGCAAUGCGAGCACUCGAAAGCCAUUCGGUAGACGUCAUGUUUUUCUACGUCUACCAGAUCGUCCAGACGCUUCGCUACGAUGUUCUUGGCUACGUUGAGAGGUACAUCAUUGAGACGGCCAAGUUCUCUCAGCUGUUUGCCCAUCAGAUCAUCUGGAACAUGAAGGCGAAUGCUUACAAAGACGAAGCCUCGGAAGUACCUGAUCCUGUCAAGCCUACCCUGGAUAAGGUCAUGACCAGCCUGGAAUCCAGCUUCUCGAAAGAAGACCACGAGUUCUACGAGCGCGAGUUCGCCUUCUUUAACGAAGUUACUGGCAUAUCCGGUACACUGCGAUCAGUUCUACACGAGCCCAAGGAAGUCAAGAAGCAAAAGAUUGCAGAAGAGUUACGCAAGAUUGAAGUAGAAGUUGGCGUCUACCUCCCCAGUAACCCUGACGGUCAAGUCAUCGGCAUCGACCGCAACUCCGGCAAGCCACUGCAAUCACACGCAAAGACACCCUUCAUGGCCACAUUCCGCAUCCGCAAGAACAAGCCUGACACAGGCCUCAUUGAAGACAUCGAAGACGAGCCGCGCUCCGGUCUCCCCGCAACAACCAACACCUACGAAACCUGGCUGUCCGCCAUCUUCAAAGUUGGUGAUGACUGCCGCCAAGACGUCCUCGCGCUCCAAAUGAUCGCCGCCUUCCGCGGUAUCUUCAACACCAUCGGCCUCGACGUCUGGGUCUUCCCGUACCGCGUGACCGCCACCGCACCGGGCUGCGGCGUCAUCGACGUGCUUCCCAACUCCAUCAGCCGCGACAUGCUGGGCCGCGAGGCUGUCAACCGGCUCGACGACUACUUCGUCAGCCGCUACGGCAACGAAGAUAGCAUCCGGUUCCAAGAAGCGCGGUCCAAUUUCGUGAAAAGCAUGGCCGCGUACAGCGUCAUUAGUUUCCUGCUGCAGUUCAAGGACCGGCAUAACGGGAAUAUCAUGAUUGAUGAUGGGGGACAUAUUAUUCAUAUCGACUUUGGGUUCUGCUUCGAUAUCGCUCCGGGUGGGAUUAAAUUCGAGCGCGCCCCGUUCAAACUCACCGCUGAGAUGAUCGCUGUCAUGGGUGGGAGUACCACAUCGCAGCCGUACCGCUGGUUUGAGGAGCUCACGAUUAAGGCGUUUUUGGCCAGCAGACAGCACUGCGAUCACCUGUGCCAUAUCGUCGAGUUGAUGCUGGAUAGCGGGUUGCCAUGCUUCAAGCCUGAGACGAUCAAGAAUUUUAGGGAUCGGUUUGUGUUGGAUCGCACGGAGAGAGAGGCCGCGGAUUACAUGCGUGGGUUGAUUCAGAAGAGUGCGAGUAGUUAUAGUACGGGGACGUAUGACCGGUUUCAGUUGAUUACGAAUGGGAUUCCGUACUAGAGGGGGUAGUGGGAAGGGUGGAGUAGGUAGCAGCAAUGGGUAUGUUUCAAGGUUUUUGUUCGUGGGAUGUUGAAAGUGAAUUGGUAUUGCUAUUGGUUUGGCAUCAUGUCAUGGUUCUAUGGUCGAGCAAAGUCCUUGAAUCUUGACAGCCCAGCAAAAGUCUCUCCAGUCUCCAUACAAUCUC